AUGGCAGUGCUGAAGAAGUGCUUCGAUAACUUCGAUCGGGAGAAGAAGGGUUACAUCACGGGUUCCAUGGUGGGGCACAUAUUAAGCAUGAUGGGCCUGCAAUUCGACUCCCGGGAACUGGGCGACCUCGUCAAAGAGAUCGACGUCGAUGGUAAAAUGAGUUUCUCCAUAGAGCAGCGAAUAAUGAAUCGAAACUAA